UGGAGCGUGGUGCACCUUACAGCCGAUAUAGUGGUGAUCGCGGUGAAAAAGCGACCUUUACAAAUGUUUUAGCAACAAAUUAUUUUUCUCCAUAUUAUUUUUUUCAGUAAUUUAAGGCCUCAUCUGGGAACGAUUGAUAGCAUUAACUGGCCGAGUGCAAUAUGUCCGUUGGUUAAAGUCAUCUUGUGAAGACCUUCAGACAGACCAGCAACGGAUCCGGAUUUCUGUUGUCGCUGUUCAAGAUCGUCACGAAACGUAACGGGAUGAAAACCAAAUGUUUCCAUCAGCUGAUCCGAAGAUCUUCAGUGAAAUGGGAUGCGCUGUGUCAUGUAGUUUCAGCGCUGUUUACAAUAAGGUAGCUUGCUUAUUCACUUUCCCACAUUUGCUGUGGAAAAGGCGCCAAGUCCGCGAGAAAUGAACGCGGGUGUUGCACGAGCUCAUUAUCUGAUCACCUGUGAGGAGCAUUUGCCUCAGACACCGUUUCCGGACACAAGAAGAAGAAGAAGAGACUUCAGAUAUUUGCCAAUCGCGUAGCUCCUUCAGUUUUAAUAUACUCACUGUCGCCGCGAAUUGCUGCUGAUGGGAUUCUGGGUCACGGACUGACCCACUGACUGAGAAUUAAUUCCAGGAUUUUUACGAAACCGUCCACUCAGACAUAAAUCGGGCAUCGAUCGAGUGCACGAUGUAAUAUUUUUUUAGCUGACGAUGACUUUUUGUUUUGGAAUAUGCUGUACGAAGAGAUGUGGGAUGGAUGAUGAAGAAUCUGUUUAUUGCUUCAUUUUUCAGUAGUCAGGAGUAGCGCACGGACAGGGCCGGCGCAUUAGUGAGCUCAGAGCUGUGAAGUUACAUAUAUCUAGCUGAGAAGGUCCUAUGUUACCUCAGUCCACAAUAUUGAUAGUUUGCUUUCCAGGACUGUUCAGCCAUAAUGUGUAACGACUUCGUCUGCUCCUCUUGAAGAGGGGAAGAAAAAAAAAAAAAACUUGCUCCGUUUGUAUGACAGUGACACCCGGUUUUUUCCUUCCCGAAAUGGAGACGGUUGGUGAUUUUGAGUAUAAUAAAAAAGACCUGGUGGGACAUGGAGCGUACGCUGUUGUGUUCAAGGGACGUCACAAGAAGAAAACCAGUUGGGAAGUGGCCAUAAAAAGCAUCUGCAAGAAGAAUCUGUCCAAAUCUCAUUUCCUCUUAGGGAAGGAGAUCAAAAUACUGAAGGAACUUUACCAUGAAAACAUUGUGGCUCUCUAUGACUUUCGAGAAACGUCCUCGUCUGUGUUCUUGGUGAUGGAGUACUGCAAUGGAGGUGACUUGGCAGACUACUUGCAAGCUAAUGGACCCUUGAGGGAGGAUGUAUUGCGGGGGCUUCUGAAGCAGAUUGCUGCUGCCAUGCAGGUGCUGCACAGCAAGGGCAUUGUCCACCGUGACAUCAAGCCUCAGAAUAUCCUGCUGUCUCACAAGAUCAGCAGGAGGUCCAGCCCUGGAGGAAUUUGCGUCAAAAUAGGUGACUUUGGGUUUGCACGACACCUUCAAAGUAACAUGAUGGCAGCCACGCUCUGCGGAUCCCCGAUGUAUAUGGCUCCAGAGGUAAUUAUGUCCCAGAGCUAUGGUGCCAAAGCAGAUUUGUGGAGUAUUGGGGCUGUGGUGUACCAGUGCCUAGUGGGCAAGCCACCCUUUCAGGCCAGCAGCCCCCAGGAACUGAGGCUCUUUUAUGAGAAGAGCAGGAUCUUGGUGCCAGACAUACCACCUGGCACAUCGGCACAUUUGACCGACCUACUGCUAGGCCUGCUGCGGAAGGAUCAGAAAUACCGUAUGGAUUUUGAUGCAUUCUUCAGCCAUCCCUUUCUGAUAUCAGCAGCAGUUGUCAGAAAAUGCUCCCCAUUGCCCAUGGCUAGCUGCACUGGGUUUGCCCUGGGCUGGUCUCCCUCGUGCCGCAACAGCUCCACAAAGUCUGUGGUGGAACCACUUAUUCUUCUGGAGCUGGCAGAGGAACCGGAUUCAACUACAACCAAACAGACCCAGAUGAUCAUGGAGUCAGGAGCCUUGAACAGAGAUGUUUCUGUGGUGUCUACCCUGUCCAGUAACAGUAGAUAUGUUCUUCCAGUGGGAUCAAUCAGCCAAAGAACAUCCAACGAUUCCUGUCUACUGAAAGCAGCUGGCCAAGGAUCAUCCAGCACAUUUCACCCUAGAGUGACUGGCCAGAUGCCCUUCAGCAAGUGUCGGCCAACAAGACUGAAUUGUCAUCAGUCCAGUGAAUGCUUCCUGAUUGGAAGGACCAGUACCCUUCGGCGAUCCAGCACCAGUCCCGUGGCCUUCCCAAGGGUAUGUUUGGGGUCGUCAUGCUCCACAGAUGUGGUUCGGCCUGUCAGUCUUCACCAAUGCACAGAUCCCUGUCGACCAUACUCUCCCUUGCUUCAUGGCCCCCAAUCCCAGGUGCAUAGGGCUUUUUCCCAGACUGAAUGUCUGACCAGGCGAAAGCUCUUCAAACAGUUCUCAGACCCCUUGCACACAACCGGUUCAGUGGGACAGUGCGGAUGCCCCUUUGGAAAGAAUUCUCGCCCCAGCAGCUUGGGUGCCUCCCCUCAGUUCUUUGAUUGGCUGCUGAAAACCCCUUUACCCACCAUCAUUGACUCUCCAACCAAGAACUUGGAUCCAUUGGAGGUCCACAAGUACCCUGCAUCUUGCUGCCAACUUGGCCCACCUCCCAGGAGUCGUAGUGUCUUUUGCCAUCAGGGGCAUGUACCAGUCCUCCGUGCCCGCUAUCCUAGUCGUGGGGCCACCAGGAGCUAUUUUGGCAGAUCUGUCAGUGCUGGGCGACUCUCGGAAGGAUCUAUAAUACCAGGCUUACAGAGACGGACCCUACACUGCAGCACUGACUGUAUCAAUGCAGAGAAGCUGUGGAACACAGCAACCAGAAGGGGUAUGGUUGGCCAGAGGGGCUCUACAACCCUUCCACAGGGUGUCGCCAUCAGUAGCCCCACACCCAGCCUGGAGAAUCUCAUUGCCUUCACAGCUCCUGAACUGCCUGAGGAGACUCUCAUGGAGCAGGAACAUGCCGAUAUUCUGGCUCACCUGCGCACAAUGCUUUCAUUCACUGAUGCUGUAAUGGAGAUGGCUACAUUGCGGGUGAGCAGCACAGAGUUCUACAGUCCCCAGGACAGCAUGGUCGUCCACCAGGUUGGGCAGCUCAGCCAACAGUGGGGACAGGUGGAGCAACUGAUCCUGUACAUGAAGGUAGCUCAGCUCCAGGAGUCUGCACUGCACCUGGCCAAGGCUCAGAUUAAGUCAGCAAAGCUACACCCUUCUACUGCAGUCAAACAGGUGGUGAAGACACUGAACAACAACUACAAGGCAAGUGUUGCCUCCUGUCGCCAUCUUACAGAGUGCCUCCACCGCUUCUUCUCUGACAAACAGCGCUUUGCAGACCAGGUCAGCAUUGUGACUGCGGAGAAGCUCAUCUAUGAAUAUGCAGUGGAAAUGGUAAAAUCCACUGCAUUGGAUGAGAUGUUCCAUCAGGGGAAGGACGUUGGCAGCCGAUACAACAAAGCCUCUGUGCUUCUGGAGGGCUUGUCCAAAAUCCUCCCAGACCCCACAGAUGUUGAAAAUCUCAGCAAGUUUAAAGCCAGUGUGGAUCAGCGAAUUGCUUCACUUACCUAGUGCUAUGUGGGGCUAUUUUGAAGGACAGCCACAUGAAAUGAUGACCUACACCCUCAUGGGUGGGACAACUUAUUCCCUGGAUUAUGAAACCUUGGAGCCACAAGACCAGAACCAUGAAGACCAAUUUCAGACACUAAAAGCUAUUUUUUCAAAAGUUUUGACAGCAAGCUGUCAGUCUCUGGACUUUUUUUUUUUUUUUUUU